CCAUAUCAAUAUCCCUGCUCGUUCCUGCAUAAGUGACGUCGCGCCCGAGUCCGGGGAACCGCGUCGUCAUUUCGGAGUCUAGCCCAACCUUGUCCUUGUCCAAAUCCUCAUCCGUUACCAACCAUUUACCCACCUACACUAAAUCUCGGAUGGCAUAAUUAAUCAGGAUGGCCUUCCUCAUCGGCAACGUCGAGCCAUCGCUUCAACGCCUCGCUGUCCCCGCCGUCUGCCUCCUCAUCGCCUUCGAAUCCUACACACCGCAAUGGCUCUUCGCAAACGCCCCGGACCUGGCCCCGGGCCCACUCACCCCCACCGAGAACUACAUCUUCAACGGUCUGAUCUUAUGUCUAUGGUACACGUACUAUAAAGCCUGCACCGUCGAUCCCGGCCGAUACGUCUUCCCGUCGAGCAUAAAGAAGAAGCGUAAGGAGAAAGCCAUCAGUUCGGAUGCGGAAGAAGAAGCCGAGGAAAUGGGAAGAGAGAUAGGUGUGGGUGUAGGAGCGGGAAGAACACAGAUCCGCCGCUGGUGCAAGAAAUGCAGCGCCCCGAAACCCCCGCGCGCACACCACUGCCGCACAUGCAAGUGCUGCGUCCCCAAGAUGGACCAUCACUGCCCAUGGACCGGCAACUGCGUGUCAUUGCAGACCUUCCCGCACUUCCUGCGCUUCCUCGCCUUCACCAACUUCUCCCUCUGGACGCUUCUCUACCACCUCUUCCAGCGCUUCCUCGGCCUCUACGAGUCGCGCCACCUGCCCGCGUACCUGGGCCCGACAUUACACCAACUGGCCUGGCUGACGGUCCUCACGAUCGUGUCCGGGAUGACGAGCCUGGCGCUGGGGAUCCUGCUGAUCUCGACGGUGAAGGGCUGGGUGUUCAAUACGACUAUGAUAGAGAGCUGGGAGAUUGAGCGCCACGAGGCGACGCUCGAGCGCAGGUACGCGAGUUCCGACGGCGAGGGCUCGUGGUGGGCGGCUGGUGAGCGGGCUCCUGGCGGGGACCGCGACGCCCCGCACUUGGCUGUCGAUCCUGUCGAGUUCCCGUACGAUAUCGGGAUCUUCGCUAACAUGGCCGCGGCUAUGGGCACCCGCAACCCGCUCCUAUGGUUCUUUCCCUUUGCGGGCGGUCCGACUGUCGCCCCGUACCCGUACUCAGACACCGCUGGUGUGGACUCGGGUAGUGGUAGCAGUAACGCACGCACGGGCUGGGAGUACGAAGAAAACGGGCUGAACGACCGCGAGGGCCUCUGGCCCCCUGCUGACCCCGACAAGAUCCGCAACGCGAAGGUCUGGCGCCAGCGCCAGCGCGAGGCGGACCAAGCGCUGGAGCUGGAGCGCCUGCGCGGCGCGAGUAACCCCGAAGUCGACAGGGAGGCGUUCCGGCGCCGCCAAGAGCGCGACUUGCGCCGAUGGGAGGCGUCGCGGUCGCGUAUCCUAGACGAGCUAGAGGAGGUGCCGCCGGGGGAUCGUCAUGAUGAGUACGAUUUCGUGGAUGAGGCGUACGGCCGUGGUCAUCAGAGCAUGGGUGCAGCGGUUGUAGUGGAAGAGGGGAAGUCCGGCUGGGUGAACGCGGAUGGUGAGCACUUGGGCGAUUACGGCGUAGACUCGGACGCGGAGUUUGAUGAGCCGGCUGCUGUACAACAACAGCAGCAGCAACAGCCGCAUUACUCGCAGGCUAAAAUACGGUAUAUGGAUGAGGAAGAGAUCCCGCUUUACGAGCUGAUUCAAAGAAAGAAAGGAGCGCGUAAGGAGUUGUUGUCGUAAGGGACAUAGGUAUCAAUCACAUGGCGGCACGAAAAUUACGC